AUGAAUGCUCUUUGGUCGUGGGUGUCUGGUAGUAAGGUAGUCAUAUCUGAAACUGCCAGUCUUUGUGGACGUGUAUUUGAUUCAGACGCUGGUGGAAUGGCAUUUUUCGAUUCAGUUUUUAUAUAUUUACUUCAAUUCGAUGAGUUCAACCAGACACAUUAUAAAAAGUUUCCUAAUGAUGUGAAUCAUAUGUUACAAUGUACAAUCACUGAUCUAACACAUAAGAACCAUCAUGAUCGAUCACUAAAACGAUUAGACGCCUAUCUAUACAUGUACAGGCGAAUUCAAGAGUAUAACAAAUGGGCAGUUAUCGAUAACAAAUUACUGCAAGGCAUGAAAAAGAGCAUGCUUCAGUUAUUAGUCUUAGCAUUUAUAACAACACGAGGCCAACAACCGAACCUUCUUGUAAAAGAUAAAGACCAAUUAUUGACAAUGAAUAUUCCUCAACAUCUGUCAUCAAUUGUUACCAUCGAUAAGUUGAGUAUACAUCAUUUUUUUGCUCUUAGUAAACUAUCGAUGCAAGCUGUACGAUUCAUCAACGAUAACUAUUAUCGUCUUCAAUGGAUUGACAUAUUAUCCAAUGUGAAAACAAUUGAUAUCACUUUAAAGCAAUUUAUUGAAGUGUAUCUGAAUUAUCAGGAAGCAUUUAAAGAUUUUCCAUUCGAUACAUCAGUACUCAUUCAUCUUAUUCAACGAAUGCAUCCUUCAAAGCAAGUGCAAGAAUCACCAUUUAGAACCUUUCUACAAUUGAAUAAAUCGCUAAAUCUUGACGGAAUACUAUUUCUGAAGCGAUUUCACUCGAUAUUUAGUGUUCAUAUUAAGAAUAAUUGGUAUAGAAUGGAAGAUAUUGCUGAAUUAUUCACGUGUUUUCAAUCAGACGAUCAGCUGUUUGAUCAGUAUUUUUCUCAUUAUUCAUCAACUGCAAGCACAGAUGAUAUUUGGAAUAUGUUUUUAUAUUUAUAUAAAACUGGUGCUAUCAAUAAUGUUAUUCUGAAGCAUCUAAUUCCAAUAUUGAACGAAAGAAUUUUAUCAACUAGUAUCGUAAACUUUCAACGAUACGCAAGAUUAGCCAAAAAUUGUUUAGGAGAAAUUAAACUUGCAUUUCAAACACAUUUUAUCAAUUUAUUCGAGAAUAUCUUUGAUGUUUAUAUUAUCAAACAGAUUGAUAAUUCUAACUGUUGGUAUCAACUCUCUAAAACCGAAUGGACAGAUUUCUUACAAGUUGGUCUCGAAAUAUCAUCCACAGAUCUUUCUGGAAGACGUUCAUGCUUACUUCUUCUUCGCAAGAUUGUCUUUGAAGUUGAAAGUCUUAAGAAGCUCAACGCACAAAGACUGAAGGAUCUAUUUCGAAACUUGAAAGUUUUCGAUGAGACCAUAUGUCGAAAAUAUGAUCCAGAAAAAAUCAUAGAUGAUGAUUGGCUAAAAGAUUUUCUCAUCACUAAUUUACAAAUUUGGUUAAAAUUAGACCAAGAAACUUAUAAAUAUAUAUGUGAGAAUCACCAGAAUAACUCUUGGGCAGUCUAUAUUUGGUCGCGAAUUGUGCAUUUAAGUCUUUCAAAAAUGUUAAACAACAAUCAUAUUGAUAUUCUUACUACAAUUGAUGAUUGGAUGAAAACAGUAAAAUGUGAUAUUUAUAAUCCAACAGAUAUUUUCACAAUUAUUUUAAUGAAUCAAUUAUUUCAACUUAUAAUUGUAAAGUAUUCUAAAUCAAUUUUAUUCCUACCAAAUGUUGUUACAAUUAUGAAUUUCAUCAUAUCUAUGCGUGAAAAUACGUCUGAAAGAAUAGCCACUAUUGAAAUUAACAAAUUCAUCAGCAAUUGUUUAGAGACUAUUCAUGAAAUUUUUCAACUAAAAAGUAAAUGUUCACUAUAUCGUGACUUGUUGACGGAUUCAAUUAUUCGUUGUUUUAUUCCAUUGGCCGAUCUGCACAGUGUAUUUCGUACAGUUGACCGUCAACAAUACAGAUUUCCAUUGACACGAGCAAAUAUUGAUGAUAUUGUUGCUUUACAGAAACCUAACGACAUUGAUAUUACUAACAUUGCAUCUAAAGAAGAAUUUUUCUCAAGAUUUAUUCGACAAAUAAAUGAAUGGUCUGUUUGGUUUGAUCGAUUCGUUGAUAUUUUUCAACAUAUUAUCGACUGGUUAAAAGAUCAUAAUGUUAAUCGUUCGAGUCAAUUAUUGGUUGAUAUGUUAAAAAUUCGUGAUGAUCCUAAAAUGACUUUCAUAGAAAUGAGAAUGAUUAUUGAUGGGGCUUUAAAACUUUUACAUCCAUUUAAAGAUCUUCGACGCCUUUGCCAUUUAUUUAAUUGUUUAAUUUCAUUUCAAAUCCUCAAUCCAGGAAGCUUAAGUAUUCAAAACAAUACGCUUGGAUUUUUAACAGAAUUAAAACGUUUCCAACCCAACAAUACAUUUACUGUAGAAGCUAGAAUGUCUAAUGAAAAAAUUGUCUCUAUUAGUGAUCGGCAACAAACUCAAUGGUCAUUGGCAAGUGAAAAUUAUCCAUGUGAUAUAACUGUUGAAUAUAGAAUUCAUGGAGCAAAUCAUCAAUUUGACAAUCAACAUACUACGACUCCUCGUGUUAUUUGGUAUCGAAUUAAAUCAAUUGGCUUAUCUACUUGUCAUUUAUUUCAUGGUAUAUUCAAUAUGCAUUUUAAUAAAUAUUACAAAGAAAAUUCACAAAACAUUUCUGAAAUUGAUUUUAGUAAACUACUUGACACGGUAUUUAUUUUUAUAAAUAAACUUCUAACUGGCGAUAUAAGUUUACGAGAUAUGACAGAAUUACAAACUAUUUUCAAAGAUAAAAAUAUUAAUAUCCGAGAAGAAGUUAAAAAAUUAUUUAUCAAUCGUUCGAAUGAGCAAAACAAUAUGCCGACUACUGUUACACAAGAUCCAAAUAUUCAACCAAAUGAAAAAGGUAUUGAGCAAGUUUGCGACUGGUUACAAAUCUAUCAAUAUUAUAGUCAUCUUAAUGUUAUUAUGGAAUGUAUUGAAAAAUUCGAUCUUCUACCAUUAGAUAAUGAAGAAGCAAAAAUUGGCCAUUUGAAACGUUUGAGUGGCAAUGAAAAUUGUUCAUUACGAGAAAUAACUCAAGCUUAUAGCAUUUUACAAGAAUGUUUUCAAAAUUUAACUCAUCAACAUUUACAAUUAAUUAAAACAGCAGUCGAGUGUUUUAAUGUUAUUGAAAUGAUGAAGAAAUCUGAUCUUUAUUCUACUAAUGGGCAACGUCGUUUUCAAGAAUUACGAGAUAAUUUAACAACACAAUUUCAAUUACAAGACUUUAAUAAUAUGAUACUUAACUCAUGGAUUAUGACGUAUUCGUUGAUCGAACCAUUUACUUUUAAAGCUAAAAGUUUCGAUGAUUUUAUACUUCGCAUUGGCCAAAUAUCGAAUUUAGAAGAAAGUUCAUUGAAUCAUAUCAAAGUAAUUAAUGAUAAUAUCCAAAUUGUGACAAUGUGGUUAUCGGCCGAAGAAACAACCGUAUUAGACAAUGCUUUGAUUACUAUGGAGCAUUUGUAUAAAAGUGGAAGUUUUCGUGUUUAUCUACGGCAUUUAACAAGAAAGCCAUCACAUUAUGAAGUUGGUUAUGUGAUUGAGCGUAUUCAAAGUAGAGUAAAAAAAGCUCCAGGCAACGAUGAUCAACAAGAAGUGAACGAUGAAAUAAUUCAAGCAAAGCAAAUUCAAUUUUUAUUAUCAAUGCCAGAUAUUGAUGAUCAUAAACGACAAUUAACAUUUUGUAAUGUUGAUGUUCAACAAAAUUUAAUCUAUAAGAAAGCUUUAAUUAAUGGACAACUGAAAUUAUUACAAACAGUUGACAAUAUCUAUCAUAUAUUAUCUAAAUUAGAAUUAGCUGGCCAUCCUGAUUAUCAAUUACGAGAUGAAUCCUAUGAUAUACGUCUUCAACAAAUUCAAACUGGUUCAAUGUUAAACGAUUUACGAAGUCAUCAAAAUGCUCGAUUAGAUAAUGCCAUUCAAGUUCGAAUUCAAAAUUUAGAUUCCAUAUACAAUACUUUGAAAGCUACACACGAUAGAUGGAUACAAAAUUUGGAAAAAUAUCGUCAAGAUUGUCCACUAUUGAAAUUAUUUUCGAAUCGUGAAAUAAUGAUACUAAUUAUUCUACUACAAACAUCGAAUUCGCCGAAUUCUACACGAAAUCGUCUAUUGAAAAAUUUAUUUUCAUUUAAAGAUUUAAAUAAUCAAAAUGACGAAGAAGACAAACUAGCUGUUCAUUGUCUUCAACACUAUCUUUAUUCAUUAAGAAUUUCAGAAGAAAAUUUAGCAAUGAAUUGUCUUACUCAAUUUUAUCAAACAUAUCGUAUUGAAGCUCGUUCGAACAGUGAUAUAUGUUUAAAAAAAUGA